AUGGGAUCUUCUAGAUGCACACAAUCGUCUGAUUAUGCCGACGAGGGUCGCUCCUUGAUCGACGCUUUGGACUUGGCCGAUGUCCGCAAGAACAUUACUGACGGGUUUCCGUUAGGGCCCGGACUUACAGAGAGUUUCCGGUCGACGCCAGAACUCACCACUGACUCGCCCGUGAACAACUCGGUAGUAAAGAUGGAUUCACCUACAGCGCCACCUGUUCUCACGACUGCGGAUACAGACGACCAAACGGAUACGUUAAAAUGCCUGCAGCAACAUCAUGGUCUUUCCAUGAUGGACGCUUUGGACUUGGCCUUGGAUCGCAGGAUCACUACUGACGGGUUUCCGUUACGGCGUAGUGGACUUACAGAGGGUUUCCGGUCGACGCCAGAACUCUCCACUGACUCGCCCGUGAACAACCCGGUAGUAGUAAAGAUGGAUUCACCACCAGUGCCACCUGUUCUCACGACUGCGGAUACAGACGACCAAACGGAUACUCUAAAAUGCCUGCAGCAACAUUAUGGUCUUUCCAUGAUGGACGUUUUGGACUUGGCCGUGGACCACAGGAUCGCUACAACUGUAUGGCCACUGCAGUUACGGCCGCUGCUAGAAAAUGCAGUAAUUUUCCGGUCUUCCGCAGAGCUGAGCAUUCACUCGCCUGUGUACGGACCAGUGAAGUCUGUUCCACCGGCGGCAGCUGAAAUUCAGCAAAAUCCUGCACGGCGUGAUCGUCGCAGAUCGUUAUGGAAGAGGUCGACGAGAUUCAUGUGGAAAUCCAUGGUCAACGCUGCGCGCAGGAUAUGCUUCUGCCAGAGUUUUGUUGACCUGGAAUGA